AUGGGCGUCCUGGAAUAUGUCCUGUUCGGAGUUCUGGUCCUGGCAAACUUUUGUCUGGGUAUUUGGUUCUCCUUACGGAAACAUGGGCGAUACGCUGGUUCGACUUCCACAGUGGUGGAAGUGUUUCUCGGAAGCCGGACACUUAGGAUGCUUCCUCUGGCAGCUUCAACUGUGGCAUCAAUCGUCUCGUCAACGGGGCUUAUCGCCUUGCCUGCCCACUAUUACGUGUAUGGCUGGCACCUCAUUUGGUGGUCGACAUUGCCGCUACUUCUUUUCCCGUUGGCUACGCACGUGUUUGUACCUGUGCUCUACGGCCUCGGUGUGACCUCGAUGUUUGAGUACAUACGUCUGCGCUUCAACAGCUCCAUAUCUAUCACAGCGUGUGUGAUUUACAUUUUUUUAACGCAAAGUAUCGGAGCUAUUUCUAUUUUCGCAGCAUCAUUGGCCAUUGAAAGAGUGUUCCAUGCACCUCUCCUCUGGUGCAACAUUGCAAUUGGACUGUCAGGAACUAUUUAUACAGCAAUGGUAGAGGCCAAGGAUGCGCAGGGUGGGAGUGAUGGUGGGGAUAGGGGAUCCUUGUAA